UGCUUCUGUUCCGACGCGGGGUACGUUGCAAGCCACUGCCAGUUGCCGUAUCACUGUGCUGCAAAUCGGGAAACAAGAGCAAGCCAUCAUGCAGUCCUCGAGCUCAUCCUAUUCCGGUGGCAUGAGCAGCAGCAGCGGCGUAGGCACAGGAGGCUCAAUGUUUGCACAAGGCGGUGGUGGCGGUGGUGGUGGCAUGAGCAGUAGCAGCGGCGUAGGCUCAGGAGGCUCAAUGUUUGCACAAGGCGGUGGUGGCGGUGGUGGUGGCAUGAGCAGCUUUUAUAGCGGAGGGGGAUCCAUGUCCAGCGGGGGCAUCUACGGCACGGGGAGUGGUGCCAGGGGUGGUGCAGGAUUCUUGGGAAGUGGGUUAGGAGGAGUCCUUGGGACGGGAGGAGGUCUCGGGUAUCCCAGGUCCUUUGGGGCUUCUGGAUUAGGAGGGGCUGGCGGCACGUAUGGGGUGCCUGGCGGCAUCAGCGGGGGGCCGCUCUCCGCUUUCGGCGCGGGUGGUGGAAUGUCCCAGCUGGGCAUGGGCCACGGCACCGUGGUUGGUGGCCAACUCAUGGGGCCCUCCGGCGGCGGCGGUGGGCGUGUACAUGGGUCCCACGGGCGGCAUGUACAUGGGUCCCACCGGCGGCAUGUACAUGGGGCCGGGGGGUGUGAGCGGCCCGGCCGGCUUUCCCUAGCAGCCCGGCUUUCAGCAUCGGCAGAGCCAUCACUCAGGGCGGGUUCCACAGCACGGUGAAUAACCUGAUGAAGACCCUUCCGCCCAUGGUCAACCGCCUCACCGAGAAGGGCAUCCUGAACAACCUCAACACGCGCCUGGUGGGCUACGUGGAGAAGGUGCGCCAGCUGACCAUCGAGAACGCGAUGCUCGAGGCGCAGCUCAAGGCCAUGACUGGCAGCAGCCCCGUGAUGCCAGACCCCUCCAUCACGGUGGACAACUACGAGGUGACCGUCACCGAGAUGCUCAAGAAUAUCAACGUGUUCACCAUGGAGCGCGUCCACCUGGAGAUCGAGGUGGACAACCUGAGGGUCGCCGCCGAGGAGAUCAAGUCGAAGUAUGAAUUUGAGGCUGGCGUGAAAUUCCAACUGGAAACGGACAUCAGCAACAUGAAACGGGACCUUGACGCUGCCCAGGAAAUGAAGAGCGACCUGACGAGCAAGUACUCCAUUCUGCAGGAAGACUUGACCUUCCACAACACGAUUCACAAAGAAGAAAUGGUGAAACUGUCAGCCAAGUUCGGCAAGUACGCGACCACACACAGCAGCAUGAUCGAGGUGGACAGCGGCAAGUCCAUCAACUUGAUGGAUGCGCUGAGCACGCUUCGUAACGAAUACGAGACGGCGGCGCAGCGCAACCGCGAAGAGGCGGACGCUUACUGCACCAGCAAGAUUGAGCAAAUUCAGCAGCAAACAACACAGACGAGCGAGCAACUCACGACCAUAACGACAGACAUGACGACGCUGCAGAACGAAAUCGAAGACUUAAGUGUGGAAUAUCACAAGCUCAUCAAUGUGAACCAAACGCUGCAGUCGACACUGCAGGAGUACCAGUUUCACUCCACCACGAGCGUCACGGACGUGCAGAACCUCAUCGUAUCACUCGAGCAGGAGAUCGAGGCGUCGCACGUGGCGCUCCAGAACCAGCUCGUCAACUACCAGGAGCUGCUGGACGUCAAGACGGCGCUCGACACCGAGAUCCAGACCUACCGGCGCUUGCUGGAGGGCGAGGAGGCCAUGCUCCUAAAUGUCGGGUCCGACAAGAGCAUGAGCGCGGGCUCCACCGUUCUUUCAAGCGGGGCAAGCACCACCUUCAUCUCUGGCGGCGGCGGAGGAGCAAUCUUUUCCAGCAAGUCGGCAACGAUACCUUCACCAGCGCUGCUGACGGGUGGCGGAGUGACCGCCGUCGCCGGCGGUGGCGGCACCGUUCUUGCUAGCGGAGGCGGCGGCGGCGGCGUUGCCAUGCUUGCUGGUGGCACUGGUGCCGUCGUCGCUGGCGCAGGUGGCGUUGGUGGCACGACUGUCAUCUCUGGUGGCGAAGUCACCUCGAGCAGCAGCAGCAGCAUGAGCAUGAGCAGCCAGCAGCAGCAGCAGCAGCAGCAGGUCGUCACCGGCAUGACCGUGAUCGAGGGUGGCACUGCCAUGCUCGCAGGCGGCACCGUCGGUGAGGGAGGAAUGGUGAUGGCUGGUGCCGAUGGAAGAGGGGCAGCAACCAUGAUGUCCGCAGGCGGCAUGAGCAGCGGUGCGCAGUUCCAGCAGGCAAGCGCAGGAGCUAUCAUCGGAGGCACCGGCAUCGCUGGCGGAAGAACCAUCAUUGUUGAUGAGUAAAGAUUGCUGGAGCACAUUACAGCUUUAAUUGUGCUGGUGGCGGGAAGGUGCUAUGGAUGGGCAGGAAACCCUCAUGCAGCAGAGUUGUCCAGCUCACGUGCCAUCGCACCAAUACACAGCCUAACGCUAAGAUUAUGCACUAAUAAACGUUACGAGAAACGA